CGCCCGCCGCCUGCUGCCGGGCCCAUGGCGAGCACGUCGGCGGAGAUCAUCGCGUUCCUGCUGACCAUCUCGGGAUGGGUGCUGGUCUCCUCCACGCUGCCCACCGACUACUGGAAGGUGUCCACCAUCGAUGGCACGGUCAUCACCACCGCCACCUUUUGGGCCAACCUCUGGAAGACCUGCGUGACCGACUCCACCGGCGUCUCCAACUGCAAGGACUUCCCAUCCAUGCUGGCGCUGGACGGUUACAUCCAAGCCUGCAGAGGAUUGAUGAUCUCCGCUGUCUGCCUGGGCUUCUUCGGUGCCGUUUUUGGACUGGUUGGAAUGAAAUGUACAAAAGUUGGAGGCUCUGAUCAGACUAAAGCAAAAAUAGCUUGCUUAGCUGGACUGAUUUUCAUACUCUCUGGGUUGUGCUCUAUGACUAGUUGUUCCCUGUAUGCAAACAGGAUUACGUCUGAAUUCUUUGACCCUUCUUUUGUUGCACAAAAGUAUGAAUUAGGAGCAGCUUUGUUCAUUGGAUGGGCUGGAGCUUCACUCUGCAUAAUUGGUGGCAUUAUAUUCUGCUUCUCAAUAGCUGAAAACAGUAAUUCUGCAAGGAGAGGGUAUGCCUAUAAUGGAGCCACAUCUGUGAUGUCUUCUCGUACAAAGGUCCACAACAGCGUCCCUGACAAAACCCCACCCAAGCACUUUGACAAGAACGCUUAUGUUUAGUUGCACUGUUGGAAGACUCAAAGUGUUUUUAAACGUGAUUUUGUACGUUUCAUUCAGAGUGAUUCCCCCCACCCCAAGUCCAAUGUACUUACCACUAAGACAAUGACUUUUAAAAAUAUUAACUUGCAGCUUUUUACAUAUUGAUGUAAAUUUUAUUAUAUAUUUUAAGAUUGAUGUUGGUAUUGUAAAGUUUAUACCUGGAAAUCAUGAGCUGAUGUUGCAUUCUUGAAAAGAAAUAAACAAGGUAUUUACUAA